AAAAAAGAAAAGAGAGAGAGCCCUACUCGCCUCUCUAACACGAGCCCAAUCACGAGGAGGGCGGGCAAGUGCGGCAACCGCAUCGCAUCACACUAACCGCACCACCGGCAGCCGGCAGUCGAGAGGAUGGACAGCAGCAACGGCGAGCGGCCGCCGCAGGGAGAGGAUGCGCCGGCGGCGGCGGCGGGGUCGAUCGGAGGGUACGAGUCCCUGCACAGGCUCCUCCAGUCCAACCUCUCCCCGGAGCUCUUCAAGGAAGCAAGCCGGCUGCUAUUGGGACUGAAUUGUGGGCGUGCUCUAGAGGCCAUCUCAUUGCCCGAAGCCACAUCUGCUCUUGCAAAAGCUCAUAACUUUGAUGUGCAGGCCUUCCGUUUUGAUGCAGAUAAAGAGUAUCUCAGGCAACCACGGGUUAUUCGAGUUGGCCUGAUUCAGAACUCAAUUGCUAUUCCUACCACCAGUCAUUUUGCAGAUCAGAAGAAGGCUAUCAUGGAGAAAGUCAAGCCUAUGAUUGAUGCAGCUGGUGAUGCUGGUGUUAAUAUUUUGUGUUUACAGGAAGCUUGGACAAUGCCUUUUGCCUUCUGCACACGUGAGAAAAGGUGGUGUGAGUUUGCUGAGCCUGUUGAUGGAGAAUCUACUCAAUUUCUUCAACAACUUGCUAAGAAAUAUAACAUGGUAAUUGUGAGCCCAAUCCUCGAAAGAGAUGUAAACCACGGAGAGAUUGUAUGGAAUACAGCUGUUGUCAUAGGUAAUCAUGGGAACAUAAUUGGUAUACAUCGAAAGAAUCACAUCCCAAGAGUCGGUGAUUUCAAUGAGAGCACAUACUAUAUGGAGGGUAACACUGGGCAUCCAGUGUUUGAAACAGCAUAUGGGAAAAUCGGAGUAAACAUUUGUUAUGGAAGGCAUCAUCCCCUUAAUUGGCUUGCUUUUGGCCUCAAUGGAGCUGAAAUAGUAUUCAACCCAUCCGCAACUGUUGGUGAACUCAGUGAACCAAUGUGGCCCAUUGAGGCCAGAAAUGCUGCAAUUGCAAAUAGCUACUUUGUCGGGUCAAUUAACCGGGUUGGCACAGAGGUCUUCCCAAACCCAUUCACUUCUGGUGACGGGAAACCUCAGCAUGCCGACUUUGGUCAUUUCUAUGGAUCCAGCCAUUUCUCAGCACCUGAUGCUUCUUGCACCCCAUCACUAUCUCGCUACCGAGAUGGCUUGAUGAUAUCUGAUAUGGACCUCAACUUAUGUCGCCAGAUCAAAGACAAGUGGGGCUUCCGCAUGACUGCCCGUUAUGACACGUAUGCUUCCUUGCUUUCAGAGUACUUGAAGCCAGAUUUUAAACCUCAAGUCAUUGUUGACCCCUUGAUCAAUAAGAGUGCGUAAUGGUGAGAAACUUGGUGCCAAAGGAGAGCACUCAAUUCUGGAACUUACACAUUUAGAGCAUUCAGUUUGAGGGAACUCUUCAAAAUCUGCCAUUGGGGAAUCGAUUUCUUUUUUCAAUUUUCGUAUGUAAAGAAAAAUUUGUAUACAUGUUUACCUCAAAUUGCCUUUUACUUGGAGUUGGAAACAUUGAUACUCAUUUUGCUUUCUGCUGUAAAUUUGCAAGGUAUGUAUGAUCUGUAAAGAUAAUGCACACCAAACAAUAUGCCAUAUUAAUGAUUUAGCCCAAAAAUUUAUAUCACAGUUCAUUAACAAGUUA